AUGUUGAAACUAUUAGUAGCCAUAAUAUUAACUUUAGGAGUCGCAGAUCAACCAUUAGUGGCAUCUUGGAGUAUAUUGCCAGCAAGAUAUUGGGUAAAAAUAGAGAAUGGAUUAAGUAAGGAUAUUCUGGAUGCACAUUGCAUCGGAGGUGGUAAAAAAAUUACUGAUCUAGGGCUUCAACAUAUUCCACUGAAUAGUAAUUUCAACUGGACAUUCAAAAGCGAGCUUUGGAAAAAGGUUGCUUAUAAUUGUAACUUGACAUCGCCUAGCAAUGGUCAUUUAUAUUACGAAGCAUAUGAAAAUGAUCAAAGUUUUGAGGAUAGGUAUUGUGGGGGUCGUCAUUGUACUUGGAAAGCGGCUGAUGAUGGUUUAUAUUUGUAUCACGAUAAGAAAAAGAGAUAUAUUCGUUUGGGAACCUGGGAUAAACCAUAG